AAAGUUGGAAAAAAAACAAAGAUAAUAUGCUGUAGGUAGUCCAUAAUAUGGUUAUCCACUUUCGCGGCAAUGAAAACGGCUGGAUAGCGAAAAAGAAAAAGAAAAAAAAAGCACCAGGUCCAGGGGUCAGUAAUGGCGGGUACCUUUUCUUCAAUUCUGCUCUGGCAGUCUUGCUUAUCUUUAUCGUAUCAGAAUCAGAGCAAAUCAUUGGAUUUCUCUCCAAUCUUCCACACCACAAAUAAUCGUUCUCUUGUUCACUGCUCAGCGAAGAAGAAAAUAGGCUUCAUGGAUCAAAUUCUUGACUACAUUGAAGGAGGACCCAAGUUGAGGAAAUGGUAUGGUGCACCCGAUCUUCUUCCUAAAGAUGGAUCUACUAUGCAAGAUGAGGAUGAAUUCUCAGAAGAAGAGGAAGUGAGAGAUGCAAUUCUUGUCACAGAUGGGGACAGUGAAAUUGGCCAGAUGGUAAUACUGUCAUUGAUUGUCAAACGAGCUAAAGUUAAAGCAUUGGUCAAGGAUAAACGAAGUGCAAUGGAGGCCUUUGGAACUUAUGUUGAGUCAAUGGCUGGAGAUACAAGUAGCAUGCUUUUCAUAAAGAAAGCUCUCAGAGGUGUUCGCGCAAUUAUAUGCCCAAAAGAAGGUUUCUUGUCUAGUGUUGGAAGCUUGAAAGGUGUAAAACAUGUAAUCUUGUUAUCCCAGUUGUCUGUUUAUAGAGGUAGCAGUGGCAUUGAAGCUAUGAUGAAAAGCAACGCAAGAAAAUUGACGGAGCAAGAUGAAUCAGCACUAGUGGCCUCAGGAAUUCCUUGUACCAUUAUCAGAGUUGGUAUGUUACAAAACACUCCUGGUGGAACACAAGGUUUUAACUUUGAAAAGGGUUGUGCAGAGAAGGGAAGUCUUAGCAAGGAGGAUGCUGCCUUCAUUUGUGUAGAAGCCCUUGAGACAGUUCCUCAAGCAGAAUUCAUCUUUGAGGUGGUCAAUGGAGAAGAGAAGGUUUCGGAUUGGAAAGAGUGUUUAGCCAGAUUGAUGGAGAAAGCUGAGCUGUAACUUCUUCCAAGACGUUUCCUGGAAAGGCCAGGUCAAUAAUAUUGCUUUGUUUAUAUUUGCUUUUCAUUUGCAAUUGUGAUGCUUUCACUUGGUUGUGUAAAAUAUUAUAUAUAUAUAUAUACAUUCUUUUGUUCCCAUAUAAAAA